AUGUGGAUCGGUCCUGUGCUGUGGCAACUCCAAAAACUCACCUUCUCCGAGCAAUUGCUUAACGCUCUUAUCUACCCCCGCAGGUUCGUUUUUAAAUUGCACCCUCAUGUUGGCAGUCGCAACCCAACAAAACUCCAGCAGGGUAUGCGGGGUACUGUCAGUUCAUACCAGCUUGAUAGUGGCGGAAUCAUGUCAAUGUUGGCCGGGAAGUUGAUGCCACGACCCCCUGCCGUUCUUGCAUCAACUAUUGCUGUUACCUAUAUUGGAGUAGGUAAACUUCCUAAGAACUGGCUCUUGACCACGUUCCGUGUUUGUUAG